GCGGGAAAGGUUUUCCCGGGAAGGCGCGCGCGGCGGCGGGAGCGGCUGCGCCAUGAGCCCCGCGCGGGCCCGGGUGGCGGCGGCCGCCGGGGCGCUCCGGCGGAGCAGCGGGAGCGGCGGCAGCGCGGCCCCGCCCCGGGGGCGGGACAGGAAGCGCGCGUCGCCCCGCGGAGGGGCCCCGGCUGCAGCGCGCGCUCCGCCGCCCGCCCGGCAUCUCUUCAGCGACCCGGCUGAGGUCGAGGCCCUGCGCGGGAAUCUGCUCUCCUGGUACGACCGAUGCAAGCGGGACCUUCCCUGGAGGGCACUGGCAGCGACAGAGCCAGAUGCCGACAGACGGGGAUAUGCAGUGUGGGUGUCCGAGAUCAUGCUCCAGCAGACACAGGUGGCUACAGUGAUCGACUACUACAAGCGCUGGAUGCAGAAGUGGCCGACGCUGCAGGCUCUGGCACAGGCGUCGCUGGAGGAGGUGAACGAGCUCUGGGCUGGGCUUGGCUACUACUCCAGAGGGAAGCGUCUGCAGGAAGCAGCAAGGAAGGUGGUGUCGGAGCUGGCUGGCCGCAUGCCCAGGACAGCUGAGGACCUGCAGAAGCUGCUGCCGGGCGUGGGCCGAUACACGGCGGGAGCCAUUGCCUCCAUCUCGUACGGGCAGGCUACCGGGGUGGUGGAUGGGAAUGUGAUCCGGGUCCUGUGCCGCCUGCGAUGCAUCGGUGCCGACUCCAGCAGCCCGGCUGUCAUCGACCGGCUCUGGGACAUGGCCAAUGUCCUGGUGGACAGCAGUCGUCCAGGGGAUUUUAACCAAGCCUUGAUGGAGCUGGGAGCGACUGUGUGCGUGCCCAAGGCCCCACUGUGUGGGGAGUGCCCGGUGAAGCAGCACUGCCAAGCGUGGCGCAGAGUGGAGAAGGAGCUGGCCUUUGCCUCCCAGAAGCUGUUUGGAAAACCGCCCCCAGUGCCUGAUGUUGAGGACUGUGGUGUUGGGGACUGUCCCCUGUGCCUCCCAGCCACGGAGCCGUGGGACAGCAGCCUGGGGGUGACCAACUUUCCCCGGAAAGCAGCGAAGAAGCCGCCGCGGGCGAUGCGAACGGCCACGUGUGUGCUGGAGAGGAGGGGCUGCCACGGGGCCCCAGAAUACCUCAUUGUGCAGAGACCCAGCUCGGGUCUCCUGGCUGGACUCUGGGAGUUCCCAAGUCUCCCACUGGCUCAAGAUCUGCAGGAGAAGAAGGAGAGGGAGGAGCUGGCUGAUCACCUCCAGGCCUGGAUAGGGCGGCCUGUGGCAGCAAAAGGCCUGCAGUUUAUUGGAGAGGUCAUUCACAUCUUCUCCCACAUCCACCAGACGUAUGUGGUCUACUCCCUGCACCUAGAUAGGGAUGUGACCCUGGACCCUGCCCUGUCCCCAUCCCGCUGGGUGACAGAGGAUGAGUUCCAUGCCUCAGCUGUGUCCACAGCCAUGAAGAAGGUGCUGAAAGCUCACGAGAAGCAGCGCAGGAAGGAGAGCAGCCCUGUCAAGGGCUCCAAGCGGAAGCGAGGGACCAAAGCACAGGGAGCAGGCAGUGCCUGCCCUGGGGCACAGCUCUCCCUCCGUGCCUUUCUCCGGGCACCGACUGCCCCGUGAGGGCUUCAGCCUUCCUCCCUUCCUCGUGUGACACACCAGAGCCCCUCGCUGGGGGAGUCCUGCCUGGGGUGUGCCAGUGGUGUCCCUGUGCUGUAGCAAGCCCAGAACACAGCACUAUCGUGGUCUCCCACUCUUCCUUUCCUCUGCCUCGCCCAUGGGCAUUGUGCCUGGAUGUGGCCACUGGUCCUGGAUUAAUCCUGGAGCCAGACUUGCCCUCCCUCCUUGGCUGGAGCCCUCCUGGGGCUAUUCAGCCCCAUAGUGGCACCGCUUUCGCACUGUGGACUCAGGGCAGCAGGGGUUUCUCUCCAGCAGUGGGAAGGCUGUGGUCACAUUGCUCCUGCAGCCCUGUCCCCUGCCUGCAUCUCAUCCUCCAGCCAGUAACUGGUGAUGCUGCUGUACCCUUGUUUUUACUGGACCUGAAAAUAAAUCUCAAGUGUGGGGGGUUUUCUAA